AAAAAUAAAAUAGAAUAAAUUGCGUUCCGAUCUGAAGCAUUCGGCAAUCGGAAGAUCAACUUCGUUUCCAAUUCCUCGAAGCCAACAAUCGGUUGAAGUUCAGAUCCAACUUUGCCCUCCUUCUGCCGUCUCUUCUUUCUUUCUUCCACGCCGACAGUAUGCAGAAAGAUGGCUACUUCAAGCUUGUAUUGGCGAACUUCGUUCCCGUAAUCUCGAUCGGAGUCAUAUUCGCCGCCGCCGCCGCCGCCGCCGCUCACCACCGCCGGCGAAAGCCCAAGGAAAUGUCGAAAGGUCAAACCGUAGUUCCUCUGCUGGAUAGGAGCGAGUCCGGCCGGGUUGGAAGACUCGAAAGAUUCUCCGACUACGUUGCUAGGCAGAUGGGAUUUGGAGAUUUGAGUGAAAGUCCGCAUCUGAGCAAGCUGGCUUAUGAGCAUCUGAAGAGAUCAAAAGGCUGUGAGAGCAAUAUCUUUGAGUAUUUGGCUAAUGAAGCCAAUGCUGGGGAGCUCUAUGUGAAAUUGGUGGAGGAGUUUGACAAAUGCAUUCUCUCCUACUUCGCUUUUCACUGGAGCCAUGCUUCUCUCAUGAUCAGCCAGAUCCUGAGCGUUGAUUCUGAUCAGAAAAAGCUGAAGGAUUUUGUGAUCGCGGCUACAAGGAAGAUGAGGUUUGACAGGGUGAGCAAGGACCUAAAAGUCACAAGGAUGUUCUCCACACUUCUGGAGGAGAUGAAAGCAAUUGGAGGCGUUGGAUCAAAUGGUGAUUCAAAAUCAACGGACGUGAUGAUGCCAGUGGCCCACAGCCAGAGGAGUCCGGUGCUGCUGCUGAUGGGUGGUGGAAUGGGAGCUGGCAAGAGCACUGUCCUCAAGGACAUUCUCAAACAGCCAUUUUGGGUAGAGGCAGCAGCCAAUGCAGUGGUGGUGGAGGCAGAUGCAUUUAAAGAAUCAGAUGUCAUUUACAGAGCCCUUAGCUCUAAGGGUCGCCAUGAGGACAUGCUUCAAACUGCUGAACUGGUGCACCAAUCAUCAACAAAUGCAGCAUCAUCACUUCUGGUGACAGCACUUAACGAAGGGCGGGACGUGAUAAUGGAUGGCACGCUUUCAUGGGAGCCAUUCGUGGAGCAGACAAUAGCCAUGGCAAAGAAUGUCCACAAACAUCGCUACCGCAUGGGAAUUGGCUACAAGAUUGCAGAAGAUGGCACCACCAUUGAAAAUUACUGGGAGAAGGUGGAAGAAGAAGAAGAAGAGAAGGUGGCCAAGAGAAGGAACGGAGAUCAAGGCCAUUCCAGGAUCAAACCAUAUAGAAUAGAGUUGGUUGGAGUUAUUUGUGAUGCUUAUUUGGCUGUUGUUAGAGGCAUAAGGAGAGCCAUAGACACAGGAAGGGCAGUGAGGGUGAAAUCACAGCUGAAAUCCCACAAGAAAUUUGCAAGUGCAUUUCCCAGAUAUUGCCAGCUUGUUGAUAACGCAAAGCUCUAUUGCACCAACGCUGUGGGAGGUCCACCCAGGUUGAUAGCAUGGAAAGAUGGCCACAGCAGGCUGCUGGUUGAUCCUGACGAAAUCGGUUGCUUGACUCUGGUAAGCAAUCUGAACGACGAUGCAGACUCCAUCUACGAGCUCUACCCGAACCAGCCUGGCUACAUCUACCAGCCCGGUUCAAUCUGGAACGACAUUGUUUUGUUGCCUUCCAGAUCAACCAUUCAACAAGAGCUCAAGAGCGUUGUUCAAAGAAAUGAGAAAUCCGAUUCGCCAAAAGAAGUUCAUGUUUGAAUUUGUGAAUCCUCUCCGCGGAGUUAAAAGUUCAAAACUUCUUUUGAAUUUAGGAGUUUAGAACC